AGCUCGACGAGCUCCGGAGCGUGUUGGCAGCGAAGACUAGCGAGGAGACACGCCGUUCUGAAGUCGAGAAGAGCAAGGAGCAAGAGCUCGCGAACCUGCGCGCUCAGGCAAGCAACCUGUCGCAGGAACUUGACGAUGCCCGCAGGUCCGCGAUGGAGGGGCAGACCAAACUAAAGGUUGACUUAGACACUCUCACUCGAGAGCAUGCAUCACUCGAGAAGAGCCACAGAUCCUUGUCCGAGCGCGAGCAAUCAGUCCGGACUGAGCUCAAGGCAGCCGAGGCAUCUCUCGCGGAGGCUGUCAGAGCAAGGCGUACGCUCGAAUCCGACUUGCAAGCUAUCCGGUCCCGUCAGAUUGACACCGACGAUCAACUAGCUGAAGUGGUCAAGGAGAAAGAGCAUCUUGAACGCCAACUUGUCGCAAUGCAGAGCAAGUUCGAGGACUCCGAAGACGUUGUUCUCCAGCUUGAGCGAGAAAAGAGUGCUCACGAUCGGCAGAUCGAGGCUCUGAAGAAACAGCUUAAUGACGAAUCAACGAAGCGCAGCCAGCUCGAGAAAUCAGCAUCUUCCCAGAAGCAAGAGAUUAUGCGGCUGAAGGACAUCAAUAUCAAACUCGAUCGCGAGCUCAAUAAAGCGCUCUCUGACCUCAAGGCACGCGAGUGGGAAGUCAAGCAGCUUGAAGCCCGUCAAGACAAGACCAUCGUCGAGCAUGUUCACGUCCUCGAGGAGGCCAAGCGUGUCACCGAUCGUCAAUUGCAGGAAGCCCAGCAAGAAUUACAGGCCAGGGAGGCUUAUAUCCGUUCGCUUGAGAAGACGAGGAGUAAGUUCAUGAUCGAGACUGAAGACCUUGUUCGAGACAGAGAGAGCGAACAGCUGCAGCUCCGUGCCAAGGACAAGAAGAUCAAGGCGGAAGAGGAUAGGGCUGUCCAGGCUCUCGCAGCACUCGAGAAGGAGCGACGGGCGAGGGAGGCUGCGGAGCUCCACGUCAAGCGCUUGCAGAAUGACCUCGAGCGUACGCAUAGUCAGGUCUCGGACUCCGUUCAACAGCUCGCGAACGUCCAAAAGGCCAAAGAUAACCUCGAACUUGAGCUCACGAGACUUGCUGAUGAGGCUGAUGCACCAAAUUCUGCCGCGAAGAUGCAACGCCAGUACGAGGCGCGCAUAGCUCAGCUCGAAGACCAACUGCAAGAUGCGGAGAUGGCGAAGACUACGGCGGCUAGGAUCAAGGAGCACGUUGAUCGCCAGCACGCCGAGAUACGUCGACUCAUCAUGAGUAGCGGUCCGAAGGACGACUCUUUCCGGUCUCGUUUACUCAGAGAGCUCGAACUAGCCGACGAAGAAAUGGAGAGGGAGCUGUCCGUCCGCCGCCAUACUACGGGAUCUGAUGUGCGCUCACUCGCCAAUCUCACCCCCUCCAAACAUUCACUAGCGCGGACGAACGGAACGCCUCGAUCCCGCAAGGACUCGCAUCCCGAAGCUGCUCGUGUACAGGAGAACCGGCAAGCCCAAGUCAAUACCCUCAAACAACAGGUACAGAUCUUGGAGAUCCAGAUGGCAGCCUCCACUCGGGUACGACAAUACCUCGAGCAGUCUUUGCGGGAGAUGACCGCUGAGCUUGAUAACUCGGAUGGCUCCAAGCAAUCCCUCGAGCUAUAUCGCGCUCGUCUCGCGAAAGAGAACGCCAGACUUGCCGAGCUGCUCGAAGACGAGGCUGAAGCAAGGCGAGCUGCCGAGGCUGCCCAGCUGAACGGUGUUCAAGCAAUGUGGGACAAGUUCCAGGCUACUAUCCAACAAGAAAGAGAUAGCUACUCUCGAUUGGAAGAGUCGCGGAAAGCCUUGGUGCGUCGAGCGUUGUGCAUUCCCAUAACCAGUUCUCAGCCCAGCCUGACAGGUCGUUCAACAUCGUGCUGCUGCUGUCGAACUGGAAGACCAGCGCCGACAAGUGCAGGAGCUGUUGUCUACGAAGAAGCAGAUGCAGGCUGAGAUUGUGGACUUGAAGGACCGUCUGGAGGUCGAGAUCGUCGCCAAGAAUGGAGAGACCAGU